AUCUUUCUUUCCUUUUCACCAAAAUUGAUAAAAACUUUUUACUUAUGCGCUGCGUAGCCUAUGGCAUAUAACAAAGAUCUCUGACAGUGUGGUCCGGUUCAAGUUUAAUGUGUGAGGUAGUUCAGAUUACUCUUUAAUUACUCGUUUAAAAUCAAAGUCGGCAACCUAAGUGCCCGCCUUCACAGAUUCCGUCUACACUGACUCAGGUUUACGCGAGUGAUUGACAUUUGAAUAGCAAAAUAUACUGGACACCAUUGGCAGUAACUACCACGAAAUGUUUCUAUAUCACUAUACCAACGAAAAAAACUUCAACAACAUUUUAGAUGAGAAAAUUUUGCGUGUGUCACUCCGUGGCCGCCAUGGCAGAUUUGGUACUGGUGUCUACCUGACUUCGUUUACACCUGAUAACGGGCGUGAAGCAAUCAAGAUAAAUAAUCGAGAUGGGGUUUCUCACUUGCCAGAAUACGCCGAUAAGACUGAAGAAUGUUACCUAAAGUUUAAGAUAGAAGACCUCUCUCAUGUGAAAAACGUUCAACCUAAAGGCCACCAACAAGAUAUCUGGCUUAAUCCCAGCGAAAUUAACCUGCGCUACAUUUCCUACUACUCUGGAUAUACCGAUAACAGUGAAGAAGAAGAAUAUCAUCCUUGUGCGUCAGUCGUGGCACGUGCAGAGGCCAAUGUUGGAUCGUAUUCUUAUCCUGAGGUUAUUGAGAAUCAUUGUUCUCGGCAUUCGAACCCGGCUGUUUCUGAACGACAAAGCGCUGCUCGUAGCACUUACAGUUACGGAACGGGAAGAGAUUCACGCAGCAUUUCAUAUCGCUCUUAUUACCAGCAACAGCAGCAAGAAUCAGAGUCGGAUUCUGAUGGUGAUUAUUCUUGGUAUCCGAAUCAUGCUGUUUCUGAGCGUCAUCAAAACACUGGUCGUAGCACUUACGGUUACGCAACGGGAGGAGAUUCACGCAGCACUUCAUUUCGCACUUCCCAUCAACAGCAACAAGAAUCAGAUGAAAUUGGAUUGGGAGGCGUUGUGGCUGGAACUGCGGCUGUUUUAGCUGUCGGCGCAGCUGCUUUUGGUUUAUUUGCAGCUUUUCGCCAAUCACGCCAAAACAAUCAACAGUAAAAAUUAAAAACAAAUAAACAUGCUAUGUGGAACAUGAGUAGAAAUUGGAUUUCUAUAGCUCAUAUAGUGUCUUUGACAACGGUGUCAACCUGUAGUUGCAUGAACCCACAAUUUUGUUUAGGUCUUAUCACAGUUAUAAUCUAUACUUAUCAUAGUUUUACAUGGUUUCAGGCUUUGGUCUUACUGUAACUCACAAUUUAAAGAAAUACACCAUUCUGCGGGUUUCA